CCAGGGGCGGGGUCGGGGAGGGCAAGGGCGGAAGUUCCCCGCAGGCCUUGGGUUGGAAGCGCGCACCCCGAGUCACUUGUCAGCGCUCUUCUGAGGCGGAGGCAUCGCCGUGCCGGUCCCGGGUUUCUUUCAUUUUCUGGCCUUGGACUUUGAGUCAUUAGAACCAUGAGCAACUACAGUGUGUCCUUGGUUGGCCCAGCUCCUUGGGGUUUCCGGCUGCAAGGUGGCAAGGAUUUCAACAUGCCCCUGACAAUCUCUAGUCUAAAAGAUGGUGGCAAGGCCUCCCAGGCAAAUGUAAGAAUAGGUGAUGUGGUCCUCAGCAUUGAUGGAAUAAGCGCCCAUGGAAUGACUCAUCUGGAGGCCCAGAACAAGAUUAAGGGUUGUACAGGCUCUUUGAAUAUGACUCUGCAAAGAGCAUCUGCAACACCUAAACCUGAGCCAGUUUCUGUUCCAAAGCCCACAGUCACCAGCGUGUGUUCCGAGACUGCUCACGAGCUAGCAGAGGGACAGAAAGGAUCCCAGGGUGACAUUAAGCAGCAAAAUGGGAAAACCCCACCUAAACGCCCACCAAGAAAACACAUUGUGGAGCGUAAUACAGAGUUUUAUCACAUACCCACUCACAGUGAUGCCAGCAAGAAGAGACUGAUUGAGGAUACUGAAGACUGGCGUCCAAGGACUGGAACAACUCAGUCUCGUUCUUUCCGAAUCCUUGCCCAGAUCACUGGGACUGAACAUUUGAAAGAAUCUGAAACUGAUAAUACAAAGAAGGCAAAGUUUGACAGUUCUCUGGAAGACCUACUCAAGAGUGAACCUCACCCACCUGCAAUUCCUCAGGUGUUAAAUAUUGGUAGACAAGUAGCCACACUUCCUAAAGUAGCAACUACAUGUCCUAGCAGCUCCACAAGAAAUGUAGAAGGUUCUUUGGAAGGUUCUGGAAACUUUUCUACCUUCUCUUCUCCUGCUAGAUACAGUGCUGCAGUUCUGAGCAGUGCAGCUGCUACCGUGUCUGCUGUCAUUGCUGCAAAAACCAGGCUCUCCAGUCCUGAAAAGUAUUGCUCUCUGCUGGAGGCACUUUGCAUCAGCCCUGUUUUCCAGCCUCUAGCUUUCUCCCAUCUCCAGUCCUGCAGGAGAUUGGCUGGCUCUGUCCAUGUUAAGAAAACAAGUAACUCUCAGGAGCCUUCUCAGCAAUUGGCUUCCCCAGCAGCUUCAGCUCGGAGCAUGCCUGAGACUCUGGAAAGCCCAGGCUCCAGCAGGCCAGGGGUGGCCAGCCUCACAACUGCUGCUGCCUUCAAGCCUGUAGGAUCUACCAGUGCCAUCAAAUCACCAAACUGGCAACGGACAAACCAAGCAGCACCUUCCACUGGAAGAAUCUCAAACAGUGGGACUCCUUCAGGAGCAGGGGCACCAGCCAACUCCGCUGCAGGGCAGCCCCAGCCAAGUGACCAAGAUACUUUAGUGCAGAGAGCUGAGCACAUUCCUGCAGGGAAAAGAACUCCAAUGUGUGCCCACUGUAAUCAGGUCAUCAGGGGACCAUUCCUAGUGGCACUGGGGAAAUCUUGGCACCCAGAAGAAUUUAACUGCGCUCACUGCAAAAAUACAAUGGCCUACAUUGGAUUCGUAGAGGAGAAGGGAGCGCUGUAUUGUGAGCUGUGCUAUGAGAAAUUCUUUGCUCCUGAAUGUGGUCGAUGCCAAAGGAAGAUCCUUGGAGAAGUCAUCAAUGCUUUGAAGCAAACUUGGCAUGUUUCCUGUUUUUUGUGUGUGGCCUGUGGAAAACCCAUUCGUAAUAAUGUUUUUCACUUGGAGGAUGGGGAACCCUAUUGUGAGACCGAUUAUUAUGCCCUUUUUGGUACUAUAUGCCGUGGAUGCGAAUUUCCCAUAGAAGCUGGUGACAUGUUCCUGGAAGCUCUGGGCUAUACCUGGCAUGACACUUGCUUUGUAUGCUCAGUCUGUUGUGAAAGUUUGGAAGGUCAGACGUUUUUCUCCAAGAAGGACAAGCCUCUUUGCAAGAAACAUGCACAUUCUGUGAAUUUUUGAAAGUCAGCAGUUCAGGGAAAGAAGAAAUUCGAAGAGAAAGAGGAGAAUUGAAAUUACCAAUUAAUUUUUAGAUUUAAUAUUUAUUUGGAGUUUUGAAAAAUAAUAGUGGCCCUGAAGGGAUAAAUUCCAGCAUUAAAAACUAAUUCUAUGAGGAAAUAUUUGGCUUCAUAAAGUAAAGAGAUGGUUUGGCAUUUGUUAUUACUUUUUCUGCCCAUAAAAUAACCUUUAUAAAAAUCAGUUUCCUGGUUGACUAUUAAAUUCAUCUUUGAGUAAAUUAGCAAAGAAUUACAUUUUAGAUUAAUAACUACAAUCUCUAUGCUGAAAUAAUUAUACUUUCUUUCCUUGUUUCAUAGUUAAGAUAGUAUAAGGCAAUGAAAUUGCCUAAAAUUUUAUUAAUAAGAGAAUCUUUUUUUAAAACUACUGUUUAUCUUUAAAACAGUGCAUGAGAGUUUAAACAGAACUUUAUCAGUAGGAGAUAUCAGUUUAAGAAAAACAGUGUACUUUUUGUUUGUUUGUUUGUUUGUUCUUAAACAGUAGGAAAGCCAGUGAUAUUUUUGAUCAAAACGUAUCAAACCAUUCUUCUCUUACCCCCUUCCAAAAAGCUGCCAUAUCACUUAUAAAAUCUCAAAUACUUGCCUUUUAUUAAAAUGUGACUAUUUCUACUCAUUGUGUAUGCUUCAUCACCCAUAUUAGCCAAACCCGGAAGUUUCCCUUCCCUCAGUGAGAUAAAGAGCAUAAAAAACUUUGGGCUCUAACAGUUUGCUUUCUUUAAAGAGAAAACAUAGGAAAGACUGUGGUUAGGAAUUAUGGCAACUGAGAAGAUUGCACCUAAAAAAGCAAACUGCUCCCUUUUCAGAGUUGUGCCACCGACUGAAGUUUUGAGAGCCGUUUUUGCAGAAGUUUUUGUUUUGUUUUGUUUUGUUUCAUUGAAUUAUAAAUUAGAAUUGGUUUGGGAUUAUAAUAAGCUCUAGAUUUUGUGUGUGUGUGUGUGGUUUUUCUCUCAUAAGAAAUGAACUACUUCCAAAUGUGAUCACAAAGUUUGGAAAGCUUUUAUUCACAGAGAUUUGGUAGCAUAGGAGGGUGAGGUGAUUAAUUACUCAGAUUGGCCUCUUAUUUGUUUUCCCCAUUUGGGUGAAGAAUUAUGUAGACACCACAUGGAAACAGAGAAACAAUUGUGAAACUGUGGGUCCCAGUUGAUAUUUGCCCAGUGAGAAAACAGAUUAUGGCAUUCGAUAGUUUUUCUCUCUGUUUUUUCUUUGUUUCUAGAAUGGGUGAAAGCCUAUGAUCCCACUGAGUUAUAAUUUAAAUCUGUUUGAGGCAAGGUGCUUUUAAAGUCCAGACAAAGUCCCCAAGUCCUUCCUGCCCCAUCACUCACUAAGGCCUUCACUUCUAUUGUGUGUAUGUUUGUUAUAGUGGAGGUUUUAGGCUACACUAUUUGUUUAACCUCCCUAAGAACUUUCAAGGCAUCUGUCCUGAAAGCUGCUAAUUUAUGGUCUAGCAGAUUUAUAUUAUAUGCAGAUAAUAAUUAACUGGGGAUAAAAGAAUAGGAGGGGGUGACACAAGUGGCAAACUGAAUACUUCCCCAAUAGCUCCGCCAGACUACCUCCUCACCCUGCAUCUUGUAGGGAGGGGGAAAGCUUCUGAGAUGAAGUGCUGGAGUUGAAUUGUGCAUUAGAUUUCAUUGCUGCUGAAGUCACCUUUGUGUGACUUGCUGGCUAAUGUGCAUCCUUACAUAUCUUAACAUUCAGUCUUUUUGCUUUAUACAAUACAAAGUUGGUGGUUUUGAUUUGAUGGAGGUUUUUUGUUGUUUAGUUUUGCCUUUAUAGAUUGUUUGCCAAGAUAGUAUUUUAUAAGUGAAAGGCAUUGCAGUAGUUUUCUUCAAAGAAUUGUAUUUGACCUGGAUUUCUUACAAAGCUAUCUUUGAGGGUAUCUUUAGACUUUCUGCAUAUUCUUCAUGGAGCAUAAUGUUUCCUUUCUCCAAAUUUUAAUCCCUAGAAAGGUAGUGUUGCUUCCUAAAUAUCAUUUUAUUUUUGUGCUCUGUCUGUGGUGUCACAGAACUUUUUAUCUGUUCCUAAAACAGUUAAUUCUGUGAAAUAAAUAUUGCCCAUAACCCAGAAGAAUCUCUGUGUUUUACAGUGGGGAACACUGUGUUUAAUUCACCAGCAUCAAUUUUCUAAUAACUGGCUGAGCACUUUAUUCUUCCAGUGAGCUCUCUUGAGUAUUUAUUUUUCUGACUAUAAAUAUUCUGUGUCAGUAGCAUCUUUAUUAUUACUUCUUUCCUGUAGAACAUUGACUUUUCAUCUCCCUAGAUGUAUAUUUAAAUUGAUAUACUUGGUAAAACACAGAUGAAAAUCAUAGUACAUGACUCAAAAUCUCCUCUACUUUAAUCUCCCACUUUAAAAAUUUUAGUGAUGGGUUUAGAUUCUCCAGACUCGGAAGGGAUGAAUAUUGCCCACCAAAGUAGCAAUCUAAAAAUGAUCCCCUCUGCUUUAGGGUAUAGUAACAUGGGUAUUCCUAUUGAUUAAGGUUACAUUUAGAGUUUUGUUUGGGUUUGUUUGUUUGUUUUCCAAGUUGUGCUAGGGAUCAAACCCAGGGUCUUGCGCAUGCUAAGUCAGCACUCUGCCUCUGAAAUACAUCCCCAGCCCUUUUUGUUUUUAUUCUGAGACGGGGUUCUCAUUCAGACUGGCCUCAAACUUGAGGUCUUCAGGCCUCAGCCUCCCAAGUAGCUGGAAUUACAGGUGUGCACCACCAUAGCUGACAAUUUAGAGUUUAAAAUUAAAACCUAUUCAUAACAGUUUAAAUCUCCAAAAUAUUAGUGUAACCUUAUGUUUAAAAUUAUUCACAAAACAUAAAAUUUUUAAGGAGUGCUAUAUUAGAAGCAGUUUCAUAGGAAAUCCUUUCUUCCCCUUGUUGAGUGUGAAUCCAAAGACAUACUGAUAUUUUGUGACAUUUGGAGUUAGUCAGCCCCAUUGAAGGGAAGGGGAAUCAUAUUGAGUAGUUUUACACAAAUCUUAACCUGGCCUCAAUUUGUCUCCCUCACCCCCAAAUGUUGAAAGGUAUCUGAUUUGAAUUCUUAAUGUAUAAUUUGCCUUAUCUAUAAUAAUCUCUAUCUUCUGUUUAAGUUUUUAAGUUUGUAUAUACCUGCUGUUUUGCUUUUGGAUACAUUUUCUAAUUAAAAAAUCACAUGAGAAAUAUAAUCGUUAUAGUAAUACCUUUAUGUGCACAUACUCGAUAAAUAAAUGCCUGCAAUGUUA